AUGCCCCCGAAGGGAGGGUGCCUUUUUCGAAUAAGAGCACAGAAAGAAAGGAAGCGUUCAGCUGCAGCACCCUUCCAGUGUCUAGGUUCCAUGCCACCCGAAGGGAGCACGAGGGCUGGGAUACUGCCAGGUUGCCCAAGUUUAGACAGGGGAAGUCGAGUGGCGGAGGUCGGAUUCAAACCACGGACCUUCCGGUCAUGUCGUAACCCUCGUGCGCCCGUCGGGUGGCACGACAGGUGUGCACCGAAAGGAUUUUGCAGCCGAACAGUCAUUACCAAUAAUAAUACUAAUCGUCCAGCCGUAGCACCCUUCCGGUGCCUAGCUGCCAUGCCACACGAAGGAGGCACGAGGGCUGGUAUACUGCCAGGUCGCCCAAUCCUAGACAGGGGAAAUCGAGAGGCAGAGGUCGGGUUCGAACCACGGACCUUCCGGAGGCUUUUGCAACUCGGGAGCAAGCAUUCAGCUUUUACAACUUUGCCGAUACUACCAUGUGUGACGGAAAUUGAGCGAUAUUGUUCGCUGACCAGAGCGACCAAGUGGUUAGAGCGCGAAUUUGCUGUGACCGGAAGGUCCGUGGUUCGAACCCGACCUCUGCCUCUCGACUUGCUCUGUCUUGGCUUGGGCAACCUGGCAGUAUCCCAGCCCUCGUGCCUCCUUCGUGUAGCAUGGCAGCUAGGCAUCAAAAGGUGGCCUCAAAUCAGACUAAACAAGUUUGGUCCCCUCAUCAAAGAUCGAUCCAAAGAGAAUGAACAUGGGAGCUGUUUCCCGUCGAUGGUCACGCACACUUUAACGCUCCACUCGAAUGGUUUGUGUGACUAUUUGCCAUUGGGCGAUUUGAACACCAACUCAAAGCGCAUUGCCCUAGAAGUUUUUGAACUCUUCAAACGGAAAAAGUCCGUCUCUAAAGGUCGCAGCGAACUGCUCCUCCAAAGUCUUUUCGCUCCCAGCAUCCCUGAUGUGGACACAGACACGGAAUCGAUUUCAACAGGAAUUUGGGAUACGUCCCAGUUUCGACGUUGUCUACCUUUGAUCGGUCGAGCGGACCCUGUGCUCACACCCGGCUCGAAUAUGAGUGGGAGUAGCAGCCCCGGACUGAUGACUGGGCCUUCGGUCGGAACCACGACGUUCAGUUUCGCUCCUGGUGGAAUCUACCAGACCCCUACGAUCACAGCAGAGUUCCAUUUUAUGGAAAAAGCAAAUGAAGAAGUCCUGGCGGCAAGGCUACGUGCAUCCGGACAUCAUCCUACCGCAAUAAGUCGAACCAGCUCGUCACGGACUGGUCCACAGUCGGUCAGUGCGCAAGACAGUCCUAUUCUUGGCUGUUCUUCCGUUCCUGCCCCCAAUAUUUCUCACUUCAGCUCGUUGUCCCAUUCCACUUCAUUAGAGUUCGGCACACCUUCAAAGUUUACCCCGUCGCUGAAGACCACCGAGGCGAUUACGGAGACCGAAGGGAUUGAAGAGGCAUCUGAGUCGAAGGACGCGAAUCCUUCACAGACAGCCACACUUACAAGGGGGUCUACCACCGUCUCAAAGUAUUCGCCUUUGCCUGAUGUCAAGGCAAGCACCAGUGGCGGUGGUUCCCCGACCGUACGUACUGCACAGUUAUUUUCUCCCGUCCCUCUGCGACGUGCUCAAUUAGACCAGCUUGUUCAGCAAGACAUUCCCCCCUCCCCGACGUCGUUGCAUGCGAGACAGAAAGCAAUAGAUAAGGUUGUCGUUGCUGGCGAAUGCUUCACCGCCACUGGUGCAGUCAGUUCAGAACCUCCUCGAAGUCCUAACCGUUUCGAGGCGGUUACCGGGCAGCAGAUGUUCCCGUCGGACGCAGCAAGCAGCGUGGAGUCGAGCACUCCAUCGGGUAAGAAUUAUCGACCAAUUAACUAUCCUCAAUGGGCGAGAUGGCUCAGUGGUUACUGUGACCGGAAGGUCCGUGGUUCAAACCCGACCUCUGCCUCUCGACUGCCCCUGUCUAGGCUUGGACCACCUGGUAGUAUCCUAGCCCUCGUGCUUCCUUCGGGUGGCAUGGCAGUUAGACACCGAAAGGAUGUUACGCUUGAACGGUUUCCUACAAAGAUUGAUAUCCAGGAAGUGAAGUCCAUUUCUGCAAACCAAACUCUGGAUUAUCCGGGUUAA